GGAGCUACACAGCAAACAACAACACCAACAAAAUGACCUUGCCCAGCAUAACGCCCAACAAUCAAUGUGAUGAUGAUUCCGAUAUGUUUGGACCACCACGUACCUCACCACCAAUUGGCUAUCAUCAUCAUCGAUCGCGUGUGCCUAUGAUAUCGCCCAAGUUGCGUCAACGUGAGGAGCGUAAACGCAUUUUGCAGUUAUGCGCCCACAAGUUGGAACGCAUCAAGGAUUCGGAAACCAAUUUGAGACGCAGUGUCUGCAUUAAUAAUACCUAUUGUCGUUUAACCGAUGAAUUGAGACGUGAAAAGCAAUCCCGUUAUUUGGCCAACUUACCAAGAACUGAAAACAAACCCGAAUCGGCCCGUGAUAACAUUUUCAAUCCCUACAACAGUUGCAGUCUCGAUCAGCCAUCCAAUAAUAAAAUGCAACAAAAUGAAAAUAACAACAACAACUCUUCUCAACACAAUUCCAUGCAAAAGAAUGAAAACUCAUUUGCCUUGUCGCUAUCGUUGACACCCACAUCAGCCGGAUCGGCAUCAGCAACAUCGCCAUUAGCCAAUAAUAGCCAAACGAAUACAACAUCCUCUCAUCAUCAUCAUUCCGUUGAUACGACACAACUAGGGAAUCUCCAGGAUAGUAAUAAUCCAUUAAAUUCACAUUAUACCCCGGCCCAUAACACAUCAGCUGCUGCCAACAACAACAAUAACUCAUCCUCUGCAUCACAACAACAACAGCCACCACGUAAACGUUGUCUCUCCUCCAGUAACAUAGAUAAAGAUCUCGAAAUAUUGGAUCGUGAAUUGAGUGCCAUCAAUUCACCAAUGCCCAUGAUUGAUCCGGAAAUUACACAAGGUGCUGAACAAUUGGAAAAAGCGUUGUCAUCUCGCAAGCGUCAACGUAGCGAAGAUGAAAGUGAUCGUUUGGUGCGUGAGGCAUUGACCCAGUUCUAUAUACCACCACAACGUUUAAUAUCGGCCAUUGAUGAUUGCCCAUUGGAUAUGGUGAAUGUGGGUAGUCUAUCACCGAAACGUCCGAAAACAAGCAAUGAUUUGGAUUUAGAAUUCGAUAUGAAUCAAAAUCAAAAAGACUUUGAGGUUAUUAUGGAUGCAUUGCGUUUGGGUUCACCCAGCCCUACGCCCAGUGUGGGCAGUGAUAGUUGCGGCCAAGCAGCCAUGAUGAGUGAAUCGGCUAAUGUGUUUCAUAAUUUGGUCGUGACCUCCUUGGAGACAUGAAAGUUUCAGUAAGA